CAGAGGGAGUGUAGCUCAGUGGUCGGCCAUGGACAGCAGAGCACCCCGCGCUGUCUGCCCCCUCGCCUACCCCAGUUUCGUUUCCCGACACCGUAAGCUGUCACGUGAUGCGCCCAGGUCACGCGAUCGAUGCGCGUGAGGCUUGAUUCCGCCGCGCGGUCGCCCAUCCCGGGUCGUGUGACUCAAUAGGGAGUUCAUCCUGACGUCUCCCAGUCACCCCCGUGUCCCGCGCGCGCGGAUGCUGCAGGCUCGGGUGCAGGAGAGCAGGGCCCGGACUCGAACCCCCAGCCCGGGAUGGCCCGAGAGGACACGGGGGCCCCGCCCACCCGACUCUGGGUUCACUGUGAGGGUGUCUACCGCGACGAGCACCAGCGCACGUGGGUCGCUGCUGCAGAAGAGGACACAGCCACCCUAAAGGCUCGGGUCCGGCGAGUUCCAGUUCCUCUGGGUGACGCUUCGAAGCCCCGUGACCUCCUGACCUCACCGCUGCCUCUCAUGUGGCAGCUCUACCCCGAGGGGCGGUACAUGGACAACAAGUCCCGCCUCUGGCAGAUCCGGCGUCAUUCAGUGGUCAGGGGGGCGCAGGAGCUGCUCCUACAACUUCUGCCAGAAACCUGACCCGCUACACGGUUUCACUUCCGCUUCCUGGAACACGCGCGAUUGUACUUCCGCUUCAAGCUGCCGCCCACCCUGGGCCUCCGGGAUGGGGGGAAGGGUGGGGGGAGGAGGGCAAGAGCGGAGCUUCGAGGGAAGGGCUGUGGAGAGCGCGGCGUCAUCAUCACCGGGACAGGUUAGCGCCAUGCGAGGGCAGGGGCAGAGUCAGGGCCCGGAAGUGACGCCUUUGGGAGCAGCCACCAAACCCUCAAUGGACGCCGAUGGCCCAACUCGCAGCACCUGGGACCCGGUCGUGAUUGACAUGGAAGAGAGCGGCAUCUGCAGGGCCCACGCGGGUUUCCCACUCCUGGCGCCGAGCGCUCAAGGGAUUCUGGGAGGGAAAGACGAGUCGCACCUCUGAUUGGCACCUCUCUUUGAUUGACACCUCUCUCGUGAGGCCGUAGCCACCAACGUUGCUGAUCACUGGGCACCGUCCGUGGGAACUGUGAGGAAUUUCGGGGGUGAAAACAUGCACAGCGGUUCAUUCACAUCGAAGUCGGGUUUUGCUUUUUGGGAUAAGUGUGGGGCCCAGAGCAAUGGUGCGGACCUGAAAUUCCAGCUGUGUGGGAGACCAUUGUGUGCACUUUGUAUGUUGUGUGCACUUUGUAUGUUGUGUGUACUUUGUAUGUUGUGUGUACUUUGUAUGUUGUGUGCUAUUUGACUACACUGAAUUUUUCCAUGAACGUUUACAUCCUCCGCAUUAAUGAUCCAUGUAAUCCGUCUGUCCAAUUGGUGAGGAAAGAGUAUUUUUAGCGUGUUCAUUUUCCCAGAUGUUGUGAGGUUAAAGGUCAUUACAUGAGCCCCAGAAGGAAAUCCUGUGUGCACAGGCUGCAGAGUCUUUACAACUGAAACUAAAAACAAAAGGUGUAUACAUAAUGUGUAUUAUUAUGUUACACAUGUAUACUUUUUUCAUAUAUAUAUAUUUUUUUGUUGUUGUUUUAGUCUCUUGGACAUGCCGCGGAAGGAUCCGUGCCAGAAA